AUGUUCCAGAAUGAAAAUGACGGAUACGUUAGCGUAUCAAUCAGCCAACUUGACCACUUGUAUUUAAACGACACUCGAGUGGAUACGUUAAUCACGGAUAAAUUUUUAACACGACCGAAUUUGUCUAAACGAAACGAAAAACAAAAUAAAGAAAAAAAUAACGCUAGAAAGGAAACCUAUAAUAUGAAAGAGAUUUGGAAUGUAGAAAUCUGA